AUGUCAGACCUGCUCUCAGUCUUCCUCCGCCUCCUUCUUCUCUUCAAGUCGGUUGCUCCGGUGACCUUUCGUCACCACCGCUAUGAUGACCUCGUGCGGACGCUGUACAAGGUGCACAACGAAUGCCCCCACAUCACGCGGGUCUACAGCAUCGGGCGCAGUGUGAAGGGGCGGCACCUGUACGUGCUGGAAUUCAGCGACCACCCUGGAAUACACGAGCCCUUGGAGCCAGAAGUCAAGUACGUGGGGAACAUGCACGGCGACGAGGUGCUGGGCCGCGAGCUGCUGCUGCAGCUGUCCGAGUUCCUGUGCGAGCAGUCCCGGAGCCUGAACCAGCGCGUCGUGCGGCUGCUGCAGGACACGCGCAUCCACAUCCUGCCGUCCAUGAACCCCGACGGCUACGAGCUGGCCGCCGCCCAGGGCUCAAACAGGUCUGAGUUCGGAGACAGGUUGGUUGGCAGGAACAAUGCACACGAAGUAGACUUGAACCGCAACUUCCCCGAUCUCAACACCUACAUCUACUACAACGAGAAGAACGGGGGCCCCAACCACCACUUGCCCCUUCCGGACAACUGGAAAAGUCAGGUGGAGCCCGAGACCCAGGCUGUGAUCCAGUGGAUACGCUCCAUCAACUUUGUUCUUUCGGCCAAUCUCCAUGGAGGGGCGGUGGUGGCCAAUUACCCAUAUGACAAGUCUCUUGAGCAUCGGUUCCGAGGCUUCCGCAGCACUAAUACCCCCACACCUGAUGAUAAGCUCUUCCAGAAGCUGGCCAAGAUCUACUCCUAUGCACAUGGAUGGAUGCACCGAGGUUGGAACUGUGGGGAUUACUUCCCAGAUGGCAUCACCAAUGGGGCGUCCUGGUAUUCUCUCAGCAAGGGAAUGCAAGACUUUAAUUAUCUCCACACCAACUGCUUUGAGAUCACGCUGGAACUGAGCUGCAACAAGUUCCCCCCACAAGAGGAAUUGCAGCGGGAGUGGCUGGGUAACCGGGAGGCCCUAAUCCAAUUCUUGGAACAGGUUCACCAUGGCAUCAAGGGAAUGGUGCUUGAUGAGAAUUAUAAUGUUCUUGCAGGGGCUGUCAUUUCUGUCGAGGGGAUUAAUCAUGAUGUCACUUCAGGUGACCACGGAGAUUACUUCCGGCUACUGCUUCCAGGUACCUACACCGUCACUGCCACAGUACCUGGGUUUGACCCAGAGACAGUGACUGUGACUGUGGGUCCUGCAGAACCAACACUGGUUAACUUCCAACUUCAGAGAAGCAUCCCCCAAGCACCCACGGUGAGGAGAACCCCCAGUGGAGGACAGGGAGGCCGAGUGAAAGUGCAGUCCCCGGCAGCGAGGAAGGACGCGGCCGAGAUGCGGGAGACCAAGCGGCUGCAGAGAGGCCCUGGCUGA